AUGGAACAAGUGCUCGGAGUUUCUUGUAAUGACAACCCAUGGACUGGACGGGUGGAGAAACCAGAUGUUGAGCUUCCAUUGAAUGUCACUAGUGAUACAUCCCUUGUUUGUUUUGUUUUUAAAUCUCAGAAGAAGUUAGCUGCAUACAACAAGAUGCAGGAGUCUCUGGAAGUGACCCUUCCCAGCAAGCAAGAGGAGGAUGAGAAAGACCAGCCUGCUGAGAUGGAGUACCUUAACUCUCGCUGCGUCCUUUUCACUUACUUCCAGGGAGAUAUUGGUUCAGUAGUAGAUGAACACUUCUCAAGAGCUUUGAGCCAAGCCAGUAGCUUCAGUCCAGAAACUGCCCUUUCAAAGAGCAAGGCAGGGCUAAGUCCUCUGUGGAGAGAAAGCUCAACUAUUUCAAGCCAAAGGAGCAGUUUCCCAACUUCAUUCUGGACCAGCUCUUAUCAGCCUCCCCCUCCACCAUGCUUAAGUGGAGUACACCCCGAUUUCCCUGUUACUGCACCAGGCACCUUCCCGACAGCAGAUCCCAGCAGCUGGCCAGGACACAGCCUUCAUCAGACUGCCCCACCUCCUCCCCCUGCUGCAUCCGAAUCCUGGCAUUAUCCUUUAGCGUCUCAGGUGAGCCCUUCAUAUGCACACAUGCAUGAUGUAUACAUGCAUCGCCAUCACCCUCAUCCACACAUGCACCAUCACCAUCCCAGCUCGCACCGCGACCCACGGUAUGGUUCCCUGCUGAUGCCUUCAGUACGUGCAGCCAGGAUUCCUGCUCCCCAGUGUGACGUGACAAAGACAGAUCCCACUGCUGUCACCAGCGCUACCUCAGCAUGGGCUGGAGCCUUUCAUGGGACGGUGGACAUUGUGCCGAGUUUUGGGUUUGACACAGGCCUACAGCAUCAGGACAAGAGCAAGGAAACUUCCUGGUUCUGAAGUUCAGCUAUAACUUAAGACCAGCUGGAGCUGGGGUCACCACAGCUGGGACGGUGAUAUAGCAAUCGUUGACUCCUUCGGCAUGGGGCAAAGGACACUAUGAAGAUGGAGAGCCAACCGUUCUGGUUUUGCUAUUGAGCCUUUUGUUUGUAAGGCCAUUUAUGGGUCCCACAAUGUUGAAGAAAAAACUAGCUUUUCUUUCUUUCCUCAUCUGAGCCUUUUGCAGCUGGGCAACCUAACUCCUUUCUGCUCUUUUAACAGUGUUUUGUUUUGUUCAGCUUGAUAUUUUUAUGAACAGUCUCAAUUGUCAGGAAAAAGACUAUCCCUUGACUACAGUGCGCCUCCUUUCAGGAAUACAGUAUUUUGUAGCUCUUUGUGCAUCUAUUUUUGUAGAAAUACAGAAAGUUUGGGUAAGGAUUGAUGGGCUAUUUUAGGAUGACAUAUUUUUUUAAAAAAAAAUGUAAAAUUGUUAAGUUCUGUUUAAAGAACUUGCUCUCAGAGAAGCACUGGCAAAAAAUGUAUAAAAUGCUAUUUUUAGAUGUCUGUGAUGUGUUUGCGCAUUUUGGGUUUUUUGUUUUGUUACCUCAAAUGUCUAUCUUUCCCUUCUUUUUAAAGAGCUAAUCCUUCCUUAUUUCCACAUAACUAGAUUUUUUUUGAUAUUUUUGUCCUUUUGUUCUAGCUUAAGCAACUAUAAUUCGCACCUAAAGUUUCAGCCAAAUAUUUUUCCUGCUGGUGUUAGAUUGUAGCAAGGGUGUCUUUGUUUUCUUGCCUCUGAAGAUGGCUUUGUGCUGUGCUGACUUUAAGAAACUUGCAAACUCCUUUAGCCUGAAGCAAAGUCUGGGGUUAUAAGAACUGCAUUUCCAACCCAGUCGUUCUUUCAAACUGGACCAAAUACAUGUAUGGAUUUAAAUGAGACAUGAGUUAGGGCCUUGCCCGUGAUCCAUUGAAGCUGAUGAACAGAAUCUCUAUGGGUUAUGUUUCAGGCCCUCCUUCUGUAGUUGUCAUAAAUCUUAGUAUGCUCAUAUAUAAACUCACGAGGCAGGACUUUCAGCUAAACCAUUUCAAGGGUGAUAAUUUUUAGCAUGAAUAUUCAGGAAAGAAAUGCCAGUUUUAUAAAAAUGUUUACAACUUGUGGAAACAAUUUUUUUUUUCAACUGGCCUAAUCUUUCUGUUGUCUGAGUACCUCACAGAAAGCACUGAAGUUUUCAACUCCUGUUGACUUCAGAAGCUGGUUGUAUAACCUAAGACUUGCUGGGGGCCUUUUGAUACCCCACCUGCAGCUCUUGAAUUGCCUAAGGAGUUGCACGUGCUCAGCGUGCACAACAGAUGGGCUUUGCUGCUGUCUCUGGGUAGGAAUCUGAACUCGGAAACCACGUGGCUACACAUAGCCCCAGCACUCUACAAGAUGUUUGGGAAACCCCAUUUCUGGCCUGGGCCUCAGGUCCAACAUACAUAAUGAAUACUCUAGUUGAAGCAACGUGAACGGGAUCCAGUCCUGAAUAAGGGCUGCAAGAUUGCUGUGAAGAGCCCCAGCCCUGUGGUGGGCUGGGGUGGGUCAGCCUGCAUGCCCAAGCCUCUGGCAAGGUGACACCACAGCAGCAUGUGCUCAGGUGGAGCCAAUUGCAGGAUCAGGGCCUGAGUCACCUGAUCCUAGCUUUUGUUUGGAAAUGUUGCCUUUCUGCUCUAUGCACCUUCAGUGAAUAGAUGCCUUUAGGAUCCCUCUAUAAUAUUUCAGAAGGCUCUAAUAACCUAUUAUAGCUCUGCUACCACUGUUUUCAGACAUCCCUGUUUAAAAGAGAAACCAGCCACAUGGGAAUCAAGAGCUAACCGCGUGACUGAGAUAAGGAACAGUUUAGUUUUAAGGCAGUGAGCAUUGUAAAUGUCACUUUGGCAGGUGGAGAACACAUGGAUCUCUGGGUGAAUGGGGAGGGGGGAAGUGCUGGGCUGUGCAUGCCGACAAAAUUCAGGCCUCUAUCGUUGUGCUCCUUUUCUCUAGGCAUUAGGAAAUUGGCCCAUUGAGGUGCUGAGCGUUGUCCCUUGUCACAUGAGUUGGCUUGGAGUGCUGGCACUGGGGGCAUCAGGAUUAUAACCCAAUUUGAAAAAACCCUUACAUGCAUAUCUCAAUGAUCUGAAGUCUGAGAUAGCAUAAGAGGGCUAAACGGGCUGUGCUUAAAUACUGUUUUUAAAAAAAAAAAAAAAAAAAAGAGUAGUUUCCGUCUUGGAAUGUGGAAUUAAAUGUUUUUUUUUCAUCUUUUAGGUCAUUAGCAUUUCUUCCUGUCAAUGAAAUUCACUCUCUACGGUCUUAUAUGUUAUCGCUGCUCUCAUGGAGCUAGUUCCUCAGUUGGUCAAUGAAUUAGUAAAGGAAUGGGAAAACCAUGUGGGAGGAAGGUAGUAAAAGCAUCCACAGUUUGUUUACUUAUCAGGACAGUAUAGUUCAGGAAAUAUCUCAAGAACUCAUUCUUGCGAUAGAUAAAAAUCGGGAAUUUCUAGCAGUAUGAGAAAUACUGGGAAAAAAAAAGUCCAAACUUUUUUUUUUUCCUGGAUUUGGCAAAGCUGGAAGGCAAAAGAGAGUCAAAGCCUCCUAAGAAAAGCCAUGAGAAAAGUGGUAGUUGAACUCUGAACUUCAGAGAGGAGGAGUUUGGGGGAGGGAGGAGAGCAAAAGAAAAUGUGUUUCCUUUUUGAGCUGUACUGUGUUUGAGUUACCUAUAUAGUUCACCUGUGUCUAGCAAGAGCACUCACUGCAUUGCCUUCCUCUUUGCUAGUUCAGAUGGCGAAGGACCUUCUCCUGUUGCCUGUAGAUGUUAAUGCAUAGUCAGGGAACAGGAAAGAGCCAGGCCCAAAGUUUGCACUGGAAUCCCUUUCUGGGUUGUGGGUAGAGGGGAUGAAUAUGUGGUGAAUCUAUUGCCUCUUUCUUCAGUCUCAAGGACUACUGUUACGUGCCCAGUUUUCACUGCUGAACUUGUGAGUAUGCUUAAGGAACCCUACAGGCUCUGGGAGACAAGUGCCAGUGAGAAGCUGCUGUUGUCUAUACCCAUUCAUGCACCAGUCAGUGGACUUUGAAAGUCAAACGUUUUUGUUCUGUUUUUUUCCUCCCUCCUUAGUAACUAAUAUUCCCCUGUACUUAACAAGUGAACUGAAAAUAAAAAUUCAAGUCCAUAGCAGUAGCCCUGCUUGUAUAGCCUAAGAUUUGAAGGACAGGAAAGAGGAAAAAAUCCUUUCUUGUGACAAACUUUUCAAUUGAAUUCAGCAGAUUUACAGCAGAUCUCUCUUGCUUACUUGCUCUCUCUCGUGCACACGCACACAAUUAUACAUAGCCACACAAAUGUGCUUAUGAGAAGCAGAUGCUGUGUUGGUAUUGUUCUUGAAAGAGGAGGAGAGCACUCACUCACAGCGUUGCAGUUACAGCCUACUGAUGGAAGGGAGAAUGAAACAGAAAUGUUAAGACUGCUCCUGCUUCCAGAGUUGGGAGAAAAAAAAAAAACCCUUAGAAGCAGGUCACAAAGAAGUCACAUAUCUUAAUGCAUUACUAAUGAAGUUGCUUCAUUCUUUGUGUGUGUUGAAUUCUACUGUUGCCCCAAGAAAAUGGAUGAUUCAUUUUGUGAGGACCUAUGAAACAUGGUGUAUUCUGUCACUAUUUCUGGGAAGACCUGAGGAAAUUACUGCUUUAUUUUAGGAAAAUCUAGUACUAAACGCUUAAAAGUUGUUGUCCAGGAUUUGAUUUUAUUCCUGUUAAUGCUGAGAAAUCUGGUGUCAAUUUUUGUGUCUUCUCAUGUGGAGAAUCUAGGGGGUUCAACCUGAUGACCAGUUUUUGAAAAGCAGAUACUUCUUUUUAUUUCAGCUGGGCAUUCCCAUCCUGACAAGUUGAUGGGAUAAUACAGCUACUGAUCACCCAGCAGAUUUGAUUUCUGGACAGCUGAAUAAGCUACUCUUGGCCAUAGUAAAAUGCACUUUUAUUCUGAUUCCUUUCCUCACCAGGCACAAAUUCAGCUCAGUUACCAGUUUAUCCGAUACCUGUUUCACAGUGUGCAAGUCUUCAAAGAAUGGCAAGGUUCUUUCAGUCUUCUACCUUCUCCUGCUAGAAAACAUCCUUUCAAGGAUAAAUCUCUCUUCACAACUUUCACAGAGACAAUUUGCACUUCUCUAGAGAGCAGAGAUUGCAGGAGGGGAGCAUCAUUUUCCCCCAACCGUACUUAAUGAUCAACUGACUUGCAUGUACCUAACUUUUCUGCUUUAGGUCUAUUGUUUAUAUCUUGCUCUUCUCCUCUUGCAAUUCCUUAUGUGUAUGUAUAUAAAUAUUAUAUAUAUAUAUAUAUAUAUAUACACAUGCAAAUAUGCGUAGUUCCCUCUGUUCUACCCUCAUGCAUUCAAAUGCAUCUUUUUUGGAAAUGAACUGAAUGACAUCACUAAAUCUCAUUAGACUAUCUAAAAACAUGUAGGCAUUUUGUUGUGUUCUCUGUAACCUCAGGAGUGAGUGGAAUUUUUCCUUACUUGUACAAAAAAGGCUUUCAAAAGCCUCGAUUUGUUGUAUCAUAAAGAUGACCGUGCUGUUGGUGGAGUUUUGUAGAGAGGUGCAAUAUAUUGCCUUUCAGCAGACGAGCAUAUCUUGUUGAUUGAGAUUCUUUCAAUUAAUUUCAGGUACAUUUUUCUUCCUCCUUAUUAAUGGACCAGCAACAUGUAUUUCUUGUAAGA